GAUAUCUUGUUGUUUUUCCCAAAUAAAUACACAAAAAUUAUAUCAAUCAAUCGAUUACGUGCAUAAAUAUAAGUAAACUUGAGUCCAGUUCACUAAAUAUUGUCCACUUCAACUCAAUAGUUGCUGUUUGCUGUGCAAAAGAGCCAUCAUAAUGGCAAAGUUAUUCCUAUUCAUUGUCACAAGUGCUCUAUUUUUGAGCCACUGCCACACCCAGAAUUACACCCCCGACUGGCCCAGCAUAGAUUCUCGCCCAAUCCCGGCCUGGUAUGAUGAGGCGAAAAUUGGCAUUUUUAUCCAUUGGGGGGUCUACAGCGUGCCUGCCUUUAAAAACGAAUGGUUCUGGACGGAAUGGAAAUCUGGCGGAUGUCCAGCCUGCGAGGAGUUCAUGACUGCACAUUACAAGCCUGGUUUUACUUAUCAGGAAUUUGGUCCCGAUUUUACAGCCGAAUUUUUUAACGCGUCCGACUGGGCGGAUCUUUUCCAGCGAGCGGGUGCAAAUUACGUAGUCCUGACCUCUAAGCAUCAUGAAGGUUACACCCUGUGGCCGUCGAAAUAUUCAUUCAGCUGGAACUCUAUGGAUGUCGGGCCCCACAGAGAUCUCGUUGGGGAAUUCGCUGCGGCUAUCAGGAACAGGACAUCGCUCCGCUUUGGCCUUUACUACUCGAUGUAUGAGUGGUACAAUCCAUUAUGGAUGCAAGAUAAGGCGAAUGGCUUCACGACGGAUGAAUUUGUCACGACAAAAGUGAUCCCUGCUUUUAAGGAAGUUGUGGAACGGUACGUCCCAGAAAUCGUGUGGCCUGACGGAGAGUGGGAAGCACUUUCGACAUAUUGGAAAUCCACCGAAUUUCUAGCUUGGCUGUACAACGAAUCUCCUGUCAAGGAUACCGUUGCCAUCAAUGACCGAUGGGGGAGUGAGACGAGAGGAGAGCAUGGUGGUUUUUGGACUGGUGGCGAUCGUCUUAAUCCUGGAUAUCUUCUCCCUCAUAAGUGGGAAAACUGUAUGACCCUGGACAAGCAGUCUUGGGGGUACAGAAAAAAUGCUAAGAUCGAAGAUUACUUAACACCAGAAGAGCUUAUGAGAACUUUGGUGGAAACCGUGUCCUGUGGGGGGAACCUUUUAGUCAACGUGGGGCCCACACGGGAAGGAAUGAUCGCUCCAAUCCAACAAGAACGCCUCCUCCAGAUGGGCGAUUGGUUGGGCGUUAAUGGAGUCGCUGUGUACGGUUCGGUUCCCUGGACGAGUCAAAAUGACACAGUGACACAAGGAGUCUGGUAUACUGCCAGUUCGGAUGGGAGCAAGAUCUACGCUUUUGUGACUUCCUGGCCUGGGGAGUCUGUCCAACUCGGCGCCGUAACGUAUAAUCCGACCAUAACGAUUAGUAUGUUAGGUCACGAAGGAAACUUACCGUUUGACGCAGCCUCGCCUGGAAUUCGGAUCUUGUUUCCACGACCUGACCUCACAACUUCAAAGUGGACUUGGACACUGGUCAUUACCAAUUAGAAAAAAACGGAAUGAAAAAACAUUUCAAGUGAGAUGUGCCAAAAACCGUUUCAAAAUUAUUUUGUGUGUAAUUAUUGACUUAAAAUGCAUAUACAGAUGCAUAUAUCUGUAUAUUCAAUUCUAAUUUUUAUGGGUUAUUAAAAUUACAGCAUACACAUAUAAUUAAAUUCUGAGAAAUUUAUUGCAUCAGUAAAUAAAUUUAACAGAG